AUGGGACCACAGUACCUCUCCGACACGCCACAUGCAUGGGUACCGUUGAAUGAAUCAAGGAAAUGGCCCACCUGUUUCACAUGGUCAGGGCUUGAGAUGCCAAAACCGACAGCAACGGGCUUCGCUGUCACCUGUGAGCAAAUGAACAAUGAGGCUCUGUCAGCAAGUAUCUACGUCACUCAACCAAAAUCAUCCGACGGUGUGGCCACAAUCUAUCAAAUCUCAAUGUUGAGAAAAGUAUAAAAGAACAAAAACCACCAGACUUGAAAAAAAUGAAGACCAAAUAUUCAAGAUUUGCUUGACAGGCAGGAUUUAUGUCAGUAGAUAAAAUAAUUAAGUAUAAGAAGACAACAUCCUAAGGAAAAGCUUGCCCUGAAACCACAUAAAGUUGCAUCAACAGCCAGGAAUACCUCUUUGAUUUCUUGAAGGAGAGAUUGCACGCGUGUGCUUAUGGACGCACGAGCACCAGUGACUCCUACAGUACUGACCUGUAUGAAGUAGAUCACUAUUGAGAACUGGGAGUGAAUAUCUUCUUGUGAACUUUAUUUUAAUUAGAAUAAAAUGAUAAAUAAAAUUUCUCAAUUAAAUUGAUUGAUUUAAUAUGUUCCAUUAAAAUCCCAUACAAAUAAGAAAUCAACCAAAAAGAACGCUGUUCUUUGUUAGUCCUAUCUAUCAUCGUAUAUUCCUUUCUUUCAUUAUCAAUGAUUUUCAAUCGACCAGAGUGGAGGUUAAAAAAGGGCCUUAUGCUCCACAUGCCAUUUAUAUGGAAGUCAGGAUCCAGGGAACUAUUCGCUUGACUCGUGCUGAUGAUAAUUCAACUCCGCCGGAAAUUGAACAAAAAGCUGCGCAAUUAGCCAAUUUCUUGGGCAUACACACUGAAGUUAUUUGA